AUGGCAGCACUAAUUCCGCCACAAGUAACCAUUAAGCUCUCAGAAAACCAAAAUGUGAAUAAAGAUGGUGAACAAGGAAAAAUAACUUAUGGUGAACCUGUUACCGGAAGUACUACUAGGAUUACCAUUACUGUCACAAAAUCUCCCUAUCCUACUUAUCAAGGAUCUACUGCGAACUUCUACAGGUACAGACAUGCUCUUGAGACUAGAGGAACAAAACCAUUCAAACUUUUGGCAGUCCAUGGCGAUGAAAAUAGUCCUAUAAAUAUAGCUCAUGAUAUCGGUCAGUAUAUAACCUCUGUUUCUGCUUAUUACUGGAAGGAUAAAUCUAAGGAGGCUAUAUUGGUAGAAGUUGUCACUACAAAUCAUCUGGGUGCACAUACCUAUUACUACGGUAAAAAGGAUGGUAAUAUCUGGACUCCACUUUCUGGAAAUCCAGGUCCUCAACCUACUCCACUUGUACCUGAUGAUCUUGAGAAGAAACUGGAUGAUCUAGUUUGCCAACAUUACAAAGCAGUUACUUUGGAUUUAUCCUCUAAGAAUUCUAAGACUUAUACAAAUGAUGAUAAUAAGAAUAACAAGUACUGUUGUAGUUACCACAAUCCCAAUGGUGAUAAGAAUGAUGGCAGGAUCGCUGUUAACAAAGGAUCAGUUUCUUGUAAAGUAACUAAUCAUGACCCAAGUCAAGCACAUCCUAGCUCUGCUCCAUUCUUCAAACAUGAGAUAACUUCUGACGGUGGGUUGAGAGUUUCCGCUAUCAAGUACUAUCCAAAUAGUUCUGGUCCGAGAAGGAGAAUAAAUAUUCCUGGCCUUGAAAAUUUCCAAAACGGUUCACUCUUUCUCUACGUUUUUCACUGUACGGGGGAAGCUCCAAUUCUCAUAUAUGUUGAAGGUGGAGGCCAUACGGUUGAUAAAAGGUGGUUUAAAAAGCCUGCUAGUAGUAAUGGUAAAGAUGAAAAUUGGGAGGCCUUGGAUGACCUCAAUAACAUAACACUGGGGGAACAACCUAAUGCUAUAGACUGUGAAAAAUAUAAAAGACUUGUUGAAGAACUUAAAUGUAGCAACCAUAAAGAUUGCCCUUUAUCUCAAAAUGGACCUCCUCAACCACCACCUCCUGUUGGAGAAAAAAAUCUUGAAGAGGAUAAAAGGGAAGAUGGUGAACCUGAAGAUGACGAAGAAGUCACUUCUACUGACUCUUCUUGGGAUCUAAAGACUAUUCUUGGGCCCAUAUUUGGAACAGGAGCUCCUGUCGGUGGAGGCGCCUAUGCAGGAUGGCAUGUUUAUACUAGGUAUUUCCUUGACGCUUUGGUACGCUUAAUAUGA